CGUGUCUUGGAUAUUCCAGUUUCACCGUUGAGAAGCAUCAACAUAGUAACCCGGGAAAGGCAACAUCAGAGGCGGGUUGCGACAUUUCUUUCUGGGAAUCUCACAGCUGACCUGGAUAUCUGGUUGCCCGGACAAACCUUGAGAGUAAAACAAUGGGUGCAUGCCCAGAAAGUUGCUAGCUUUAGUUGGCAUAACUGCUAGCUAACAUUGGUUCGCUAACGUUAGCUGGCUGCUAGCGUUAGCAAACAGACUGCUGAACGAAACUGAAGAAGUCCGGAGAAGUUAGGAUUUUCCCAUCAUGAGCACGUCAGCAUGACUGUGGACAUAUAAACACGUCGGAUCGUUUCCCUAAAGGUGAAUGAGAGAGAUGAGGAGGAGCAGCAGGAGGACUGAGGUGUCUUUUAAAAGCUCUGCUCAGCAGCUCUCAGAUCACAAUGCAGGCACAGAGCUGACAACUGCAUGGAAAAGUUUGGCUCAGUCCAAAGCUGCUUUGCGGCAUAUAGAAAACCGUCUAGAGGCAGUUCCAGGGACGGGGGUUUUCCUGGACUCUAUCAUGGACCCCCCUAAGAAGAAAUCUUCUAGGACUGUCCGCUGCAGGGAUGAACAACAAGCUGAUGACAGUGGAGGGUCUUCAAAGCGCAGGGGGCGUAGUCAGCAGAGUCCAGAAAAGAGCAACUCACGCAGCCCACUGAGAAAUACCACCCAGGACAGCAAUGUACGCAGGAACAACAGCGUUGAGUUCAGGGAACCGCUGGCCUCCUACAGAGAGGCCACCCCUCCACCACAUCCCUCCUCUCAGCUGGAGGCCUACAGUCUGCAGUCAGUGCCAGGGUCUUCGUACCCAUCCUCUCCUCCUCCUCCUCCUCCUCCUCCUCCUCCCUCGAAUCCUCUGCUCAGCCAGCUGGUCUACCAGAGAGACACAAGGGAGAAACAGACGGACAGGGACCUGGACAGCACACACUCCUCAGCUCUGGAGAGCACAGAGGUCCGCUACCUCAAUGACCAGUCAGCCCUAGUCACCCUGAGGACUGUUGGAAACCAGUCACAUCUCACAAGCGUAAGGGUCCCAGCAAGGGAGGCUGCUGCGGAGGAAAGCACUCCCAAAGCACAACCUGGCAUGGAUAACCAAGAGUCAAGCCCAUGUCUAGCUCCAGCCCUGGACUCCAUACGCCGAGGGGAGAGCACUCCCUCCACCAGCCCUGGCUCAGCUUCCCAGCGGCUGGAGAACCUAAGGAGACAUCAGCCCGAUGAUAAGCUGGAGAAGCUCAAAGAGCGCAUUCGCAGGCAGAGACAACAUCUGGAGGAGGCUGCAGAGAGAGAGAAGCUGCUGGGUUAUCUGGAACAGCCCAUUGUGGCAGCUGUGGGAAGUAACAAUGCUGGAACAAGCAACAUGCCCACAGCCAAAAUACGGAAAGUAGCAGCUGCACCACCUGCACCUAUAUACAAAGGUUUCAACAGUACUGAGACAAACAUCCGAACUCCUGAUGGGAAGGUUUGGAAGGAGGAGGAGUUUCACAACCUCAGCAGAGAAAUAUACAAAGACCUGUCACGGCAGUUUGCUGAGAGCACCAGAUCCAGGCACCAGCAGCAACAGAGAGCAGACAGGUCCAAAGAGAGGAGGCCCCCCAAACCAGUCAGGAAGGUCCACAGAGCUGCCCCUUCCUCUGACCUAAAUGCAAAACCAGUGAUAAGUCCUGCAUCGUGGCGAGAGGGCCAAAAGCUGGUAAAGAUGGUACUUGGUCCAGUUCCCAAGCUGCCCAGGGAAGAGGACAGACCCUAUCCAGCUGACGGACCGAGUAGAACAGCUUUCCGGCACCGUUCCAGUUCAGACCCGCGCUCAGAAUCAAACCCACGGUCUCGCCCUCGCAGCACAGAAAGGCCUCGUAAUGGAUUUCAGGGGCAAUCCAAAAGCCACUUCACCACCACAUCUACUCCCUCGUCUGCAGAUCGGGACAAGGCCCCAGUGGGUGUAAGCACGGACCUGUUGUCAGCAGACAUCCAGGGGAUACUUGAUGACCUUCAGCUGGAGUGCAAAGCAGCUGAGAGGGAGGAAAGGAGAGAGGAAAGGGCCCGGCAAAGGUCCCGGGUUGGGAGCAGUGGAAGGAGAGGGAGAGGGGGAUCAGGGUCACGGACAAGGAAUCCAGUCUCUGUUUGGGGAACUACUAUGGCAGCAGAUCACUCCUCAAGAGGCUGCCGCAGCGCCAGCCCCACUACACACCGACCAGAGACUGGCAACACAACGGACACAGGCCACAAAAAACGACACUAUGAUGCAGAUACUGUUCGCCAGUACAUUUCCAGGCAGAAAGAGGAGAGAAAGCGCCGCCAAGCAGAAGAGAAGAGGGCACAGAGGGAGGAGGCAGAGAAGAGAAACCAGAGAUUACAGGAGCUCUACAGGAAGCAAAGAGAAGUAGCUCAAACCGCAGCCCUUCCCAGCGAGGCACCUGUGGCCCCUGUACAAAAGCGCCUACAGGAGACCUACACCAAACUGCUGCUGGAGGAGGCCCAGCUGGGCGAGGAGGCCACACAGACACAUCCUACUGUUCCUUGUAAUCAAAUGAGACCAAUGUACCAGCCCUCAGGAGAGUCGGACAAAGAGAACAAAAGACUAGAGGCACCACAGAGUCCCUCAAGCAGCGACAGGUCUUUGAAUGAUCAGCCACCUCCUCCGUUAUCCAGGAGUGAUCUGGAUAUUGGAGUUGCCUCUUUGCUUCAGCCUGACCGUCUGAGUCCAGCUCGACCUACGACCGGUCCCAGAAGCAGUACGCUAGCCCCUUUUGGUGACCAUCUCCUCUCUCGGCUUCUCAGGCUGGAGAGUGCGGUCGCAGCUGGUGACAUAAAUCACACCCAACGGCCAGCCACAUCACCUUCCGACAGGUCGCGGCGCAUUGAGGCGCUCAAGGCCACAGCCGCAUCCCUCUCCAACCGUAUAGAGAGUGAGGCACGGAAGAUCGCUGGGGAGGGGAUCAACUACGGUACAGCGACUUCAAUGGACGUGGAUACUAUUUUGGCUCCUAGGCCAUCUCAGGCUAAUCUUGAUGAUGGAUGCUGGGCAGAUGGAUGCUGGGCAGAAACAGCUUCCACAGAAAAUAAUGAUGUGGCGCUGAGGAUCCAGAGGAUUUUGACUAGCACAGGUCAUAGUUCAUAUAAUGGCACAGCUCUUCCAGGAACAGGCAAUCUGCACGCCCUCAGGGGACAGAAAGAAAGGAAGGGUACACACACCAAUCCUCAAACAACUUCCCCUGAUAUAACAGGCACCAUUCUUAACCGUUAUACACAUGAAAGGAGGAAGCUAGUCAAUGGCUUGGAAAAGGUAGAAAGAAUGGAUAAAAUGGCACAAAGGAGAGGACAUGGAUUGAUGGAGGACAAGAAUCAGACAGAUGUCCACGACUCAAGUGGUUCCAUCAGUGAGGGUCCUCUUCUGAGUGAAGGGAGUUUUUCUGAGGAUGAAGCAAGCCCUUCUCAUCCCUUCAACAAUCGUGCUCCUAGACCAGUAGAUCGCCUGCAGGCAGUGGACUACUGUGCACGUCAAAGACGGGAUUACCAGCGGUUGGCAGAGUUCCAGAGGGAGGCGGCGAGGUGCUCCGCCCUCAGCUCACCCUUUACGCAGCAUGACGGCAGCAAAGAAGCGUGGGAGGAGCUGAACAAAGGAAGCCCUCUAAGCGUUAUCAACAUUUUCACAAAGAACCUUCAGGGCCAUGCUAAAGCGGGUGAGAAGUACUCUCCCUCUGCCCAUUCUUUGCACUCGGGAAAUGGCCCCGUAGACGCCGCAGCCUAUGAAGAUGACUUUGUGUCAUCACAUAGCAGCGGAGCCAGUGACCAGUUAAAGAGAGACUCAAAUUCACGCAGCGUGAACAGUCAUUUUGAGGAGCUGAUGAGGAGGUCCCCUUAUGAGAAUAGUACAGGAGGCAUCAAUUCCCACCAUUCAUCCUUUCACUCAUCUAUUCACUCACCGCAUCUUUCCUCUCGUUCACCACCUGGCCCCUCACCCUUCUCUAAGCACUCUACCAAAAAAAGAGGCACAGCAUCAGACCAGAGUGAUGCCACUCUGGUGGAAGAGCAGAGGAGCUCCUGCUCGCCUCCCUCAGAGGUUUUGUCUUCUGACUCCAGGAAGAGGGGCUCAGAUAAAAGCUCUGCCAAUAGUCAGGCCAAGAGUGUCCACUCUAAUGACACUUCAAGGGAAACUUCUCACCACAGUUUGGGACUUGACAGUAACAAUUCUUCAGGAGCCAGACCCAAACAGGCUUCUCCUUCUGGCUCUUCAGACCCUGGUUCUCCUCCAGGAGCACACUCGCCCAGAGAGCCUGUGAGAAGUGGCUCUCUGGGGGCAAAUAACGCAAACACCACAGCUCGCAGUGGUAGAGCGGAGACUAAGACCACAGGUGAGCUGCAGUACUCACCUGCUGUCUUGCAGCAGCGUAUGGCAGCAGAGCUCCACUACCUGGAGUCCAUCGAGGAGUCAGUCCGACAGCUGGGGGACGUGGAGAGGCUGAUGGGUGUGUCCAUGGCUCAGCAGGAGAGUGCAUCAUUGGCCCAGAUGCUCAAGGCCAAGCAGCAGAGCCAUGAGCGUGACCUGUACGAGUUGAAGAUCAAGGCUGAAAGGGAAGCACUGGAGACACAGCUACAGCUGGAAGAAAACAGACAGAGAGUGGCCCGGGCUCAUAUAGAACUGCAGGAAAGCUUGGCAGGAACUCAAAAAGAGACUUUGGAGGGCCUCCAGGAGGCAACUACGAAGAUGAUGAGUCAACAGGCUGAGGCAGCACGGUACACAGUCGACGCUGCCCGACACAUCAAGGAGAUGACAGAAAUGGCACGGUCGCAGAUAGCAGGAGCUCUGGUGGCACCCCCUGUUCCUGCUGAUUCCUCCAUGUUGGACCAGCGGGAAGAAGAGCAGAGCUCCUAUUCAGAGCAACGACAAGAAAAAAUUGACUCUGACAGCUUCCAAAGUGAGGUGUCAAGCAGAAGGAACAGGCCAGAGGAAGCCUUGUCUUCACUGAACAGCCUGAGUCACUCUGACUCUCUGACCUUCAGAAGACCCAACCUCAGUGGAGCAGACUCAAGUAGCCACCGUAGCCCGUCACAAGUCUCCUCAGACCACAUAGAGCGGACGAAAAAAGAUGCAGUAGAGGGGAAAUGGAGGAAGGGUGGAACUGUUGAGAGGACGAACAAGGAAGCAGGCAGCAGCUCCAUAGAGGAGGAAGUUCUUACAGCAGCAAAUGACUCCCUCUGCAGUGACAGCAUCGCCUCCGUAGUGGAUGAGAAAGUAGAUAGUACAUCAGUGGCAACAGAGUACUCUCUCAAGUUUGAUGAGUCCAUGACAGAGGAUGAGAUAGAAGAGCGCUCCUUCCGAUCUCUGUUGCCAUCUGAGGCGCACCGCCGUGGAACUAUGUCCCGCCAUCAUGAAGAAUCAGAGGAUGAUGUAGCCAAUCACAACACUACAUUGGUUUCAGGGGCACACAAUAUCUUAAAGCCUCAGGAUGCAAACAUGGCCUUUUCUGGCGGGCAGGACAGCUUUUCCCAGUUCACCAUGGACAUGGUGCGUCAGUACAUGAAGGACGAGGAGGUAAGACUGCAGCACCAGAGCUCUCUGCUGCGUCUUCGCCAGAAAGCCCUCAAAGAGAAGACCAGGACUGAGCUGGCUUGGCUAGAACACCAGAAGAAGAGGCUGAGGGACAAGGGAGAAGAUGACAAAAUGCCCCCCAUCAGGAAGAAGCAGAGGGGCCUUCUGAUGAAACUACAGCAGGAACAGGCUGAGAUCAAGCGACUUCAGGAGGCCAACAAAGCAGCCAGGAAGGAAAGGCAGCUGUUGCUGAAGCAGCAGGAGGAGAUUGAGCGGAUGAGAAACACUACGCUCAGACUGAAGGAGCGUCUCAAGUGUGCUGGGGGUGAAGCACCACCUGAGACGGCUGCAUCAGAAACCCCUGUGUCUGAGGCAGCCUCCACCAGCAUGAGAUGUGCUGAGGAGAUCCGCAGCCCCUCUCCCUCGCUCUCCAUCUCUGGAAGUGAGACUAGCAGCAUCAUGCAGAAGCUCAAGAAGAUGCGCUCUCACAUGGAUGAGAAACACUGUUCUCCUGUCCACUACUUCUUCUCUGUGUUCACGGCCCACCACUGGGCCUCCCUCAGUGUCUGUCUUCCCAACCUCCACCCUAAAUUCCAGCUCUUUAUCUACAACCAGUUGGUCAGGUUCCUCACAAAGCGGGAGCAGCAACUGAUGCAAAGGCGUCACCAUGCCGAGGAGUUGCUGCAGUGGAAACAGCGGCUGGACCAGGAGGAAGCAGAGGUCCGUAGGAUGGAAAAGGAAGCCCUGGCUGUAUGGGACAGACAGACACCUCGGGACAAGGACAUAGCAGAGAGUCAGAAGAAGGAGGUCGCCUCAAUUAGCCCCAGUCACCAUCAAAGCUCAGAGCCCAGAACUGACAGUGAGAAAGAGUAUGUCAGUGAGGGUGACUGCUCCUUGGUGACACCUGAGUCCAGUAUACACACAGAGGGACUGGUGUCCCAGCAGCCAGGAAGCCCAUCUUCAGUACAGCCUGUGUCGAUCCAUGAAACACCUUUGGCCUCCGUCCAGACCAUGCCUGCAGAUUACACCCAGGAGUUCACAUCAGCUUCCCAGUCACCUAGUAGACAAUCUCCCCAGUCUCCAUUCAAAGGCAGCCACAGCCCUGCAGCCUUUCCUUCAGACGGCAGCAGCAAAACCAAGAUGCCGCUUCGCUCCUCCUCCCGGACCACCAACCAGGCCCACACUCAGCCAAGUGACUCCCCCAUGGCCACACAGACUGAACCCAUUUCAGACCAGAGUGACAUAGAGAGCCGAAUCAAGGCCCUGAAGGAAGAACUCAGAAAACGAAAGUUUAUGGCCUACCAGCUGAAGAAAGAGCAGAAGAAGAGGCACAAGGAGCGCCUUAAGGCACAGGAGGCCAGCCUAUUGAAGCAGCUGGAGAGCUAUGACAACUUCAUCGAGAAAACUAAGGCAGAACUCAACAAGGAGCCUGACUCAACACCUGAUACGAAGUCUCAGAUAAUAGAUUCCACCUUGAUCGCAGAGCAGUCUAGUAUUAAACCACCUGCUGACAGGUCUGAAACCAGCAAAAUCUCUGACUCUGAAAGAACACGGCUUGAUGGUUCAUUAGAUCACAAUGCCCUUCCUCCACCUGAUCAUAGUAGAUCAACAUCAGUGCCUGAAGAAUUGUCUGAUGAAGACCCACCGACAGUCACUCCAACCCCAGUACAUGGCAGCCCAGAGUGUCUCACCUCAGGGCAGAGGAGCCACCUGUCCACAGUGGAUCUUUUAAUACCUUCCUCUAAGGAAGGCCAGGCACAGAUGAUUGAGCCCGGGGAUGAGAACAGUGUGUCUUACCAAAGAUCUGACAUUCAAGAAGAGCUGGAAGUAGAAGUAAACUCCACGUUAGAGGAUCGACAUUCUGAACGUCUUCUCAAGCUAGAGAAGGAAGACAGACUUGACUCCCAGGAGAAGUUGUCUACAUCCAAACAUAUUUCCUCUUUCAUGAGUGAAGAACAUCAAUAUUCUCCAUCUGUUAGCUUAGAACAAGAUAAACAAAUAAAGCCAAGGGAAACCUCUGAAGCUGAGGAAGCUGUAAAACCCAAUAUUAUUGACUUCUCUUUAAAGAACGGGUCACUUAUAAAGGAUGUUGAGGUGUCUUCUCCCAUAGCUGAUGGCUAUCAUGAUGACUUUGAGUCAUCAGUAGAUUCUUCACCCAGUGAGGAGCAUCACAGUUACAAGCCAGCCUCUCAAAUCUCAGUUCCUGAUGAGAUCAAGGGCUCAACAAAGGACUCACCUAGCAGAUCCACACCAUAUGACAGCCAGGAUGAGGAGGUAGAAGAGGAAAUAGCUGAAGAACCGAGUCACCAUUCAGGGAUUAGUGGAGAUAGCCACCAAUCUGGAAGACUGCUAGAUCUUCAUAACCAAACAGACUCCAAACAUGACGAGGACCUUGUUAAUUCCAACCACUCACUACCCAUCUCUCCUUUGCAGACCCCUCUCUCUCCUGUUGUAGAUGAAAUGCCAAGCUUUAACAUCGGAGAUCGGGUUCUUGUCGGUGGUGUCCAGCCUGGCACUCUGAGAUUCAAAGGUCCGACCAGCUUUGCUAAUGGCUUCUGGGCUGGUGUGGAGUUAGACAAGUCUGAGGGCAGCAACAACGGCACUUAUGAUGAGGUGGUAUACUUUGAGUGUAAUGAGAGCCACGGUAUCUUUGCUCCUCCAGACAAGAUCACACACCUGCCAGACAAGUUUGAGAUCUACACAGACACCACGGAGGAUGAGGACUCAUUCUUUGAUGAUCUGUCGGGUAAAGGCGGGGAUAAACAUAAAACAGAGGAGAACAAAUCCCAAAAACAAGGAAAUAUGAAGAGUAAAAAUGAACAAACCUCUCGUGAGGUCUAUGGGCCUGGAGAUAAAACCGUUACGGAUGAGUCUGUUUACAAAAACCAGGCCCCACUGAAGGCCGUGUCCCACCUCAAUUCACAGCAUUACAAAGAAUCCAAGCUUCCCAUUUCUAAUGGCAACAUCGGGGACAUCAUUUUGGAUUUUGAAGAUGCACCAACCACCCUCCUCAUCUCUGACUUGAACAAGAGUAAGAUUUCUACCCUUGUUGAGAGAGAAGACGUAGACUCACAACAACAGUUUACUCCUGUGGAUCUUUCCACAGGUAUCAGAGAUGAUAAGGAUGAACAGAAGGACAAAGACCUACUGGACACAUUUGCAGAUAAGCUCCUCAACAACUUUUUGAAAGACACUGUGAAGCAGUUUGCUGAGAUUAAAAAGGCUAAAGAGCAAAAGAUAGAAGCUGCCAAUCAGAUGAAUGGAGUCCCGUUAGGCGAAAAUGUUAAAGAAGAAUGGUUCUCUUCAGUGGAGCAAAAAGAUUACCUACCCUUCUUCCUACCUGCAGAAAAAGAGGAGCUGUCUUCUCCUGAGCUGUGUAACCGACCGGAGAGUCCAGUGUUGGGGGCCAGCGGUCAAGAGGAGCUUGCCAAGCGACUAGCAGAGCUGGAACUGAGCCGUGAACUGCUGGAUGAGCUAGGUGACGAUCAGGACUGGUUUGAUGAGGACUUUGGCCUCAGCUCCCGCCGAGAACAGCAGAGACUCAAACAAAAACAGAUUGAAGAAGAGGCAGGGCUGGGGAGGUCUGGCUCAUCAGCUGGAGCAGCCCUGGGGGGGCUGGUUUCAUCACCAGGUGGGGAACCGCAAAUAAAGACCCCACCUAGACCUGAGCUACCGCUCCCCCUGCCCCCCAAACUACCUGAGCAGCCUGCCAUGGUGGUGCCCCACUCGGCCACAGAGGUGGAGAAGAUGGUCCACGCUGCCACUCAGGAGAUCUGGGAGAGCUGUGGCCUGGGGAAGGAGGGAGCCCCGACCCUUGCACAACUGCCAAACCCCAAACCUUCACAAGAGUACCUGGGUAAAGAGGCCAGCAGCCAGGACCAGGAGGCCCUCUGCAUCUGCAGCUACAGAAAGGCUGUGUAUGACCUGACAUGGGAGAUGCUUCAGGAGAUCUAUGCUGAGGACCCAAAUGCUGAUCAGCCUCAGUGGGUCAGACCACGUCGGGUCAAGUCCUCCUCCUUCCACAGAGUAAAAACACCAGGGGACAUCACCAAAGUCCAGGAAUUCAUCACAGCAGAAGUACUGAAAAUGUACGGCCUGACAAAAGAUCAGAACCAGAAGACUGACUGGCAAAAGAUGCUGAAAUUUGGCAAAAAGAAGCGGGACAGAGUCGAUCACAUACUGGUUCAGGAACUCCAUGAGGAGGAGGCCCAGUGGGUCAACUAUGACGAGGACGAGCUGUUUGUUAAGAUGCAGCUGGCAGACAGCAUCUUUGAUGCUUUGCUGAAGGAUACUGCAAACGUGCUGACGCUAAUCUAUGACAAGAGGGCCAAAAGAGACACCCUCUCCUGACAGCUUUCCUGCUUAGAUUUUAAACUACAACCUCUAUCUCAAUCCCAGUCUUUCCUCUCCCCAGCGAACUCCAGCCAACCUACCGCCUCUCGGUCUUCCACCAGCUGAUGUGCCAACAGCAACCCUCAGAUGCCUUCAGUCCCAGCAUUACCUCUCAGCUAAACAACUCCUACUUGUUUCUGUUAUAAUUCUACACACAAAACGCCUUUUGAGCAAUCCAGCCUUCUUAAACCAUACCACCAUCUAGUCUCAGUGCUCACCUCCUGGACUGGUCCUUUUAUAAAUGCAAGUUGCAGAAUGAGUAGAUGUUUUGAUAGGAUUUGUUUGAAUUUAAAGUCCAUUGAUGCUGCUAAUUUGAUUGCUCCAUAUGGGACUGUAAUAUACAAUCUACCUGAAACAAAAGUAGGUUGUUAUAUUUUGUAUUGGAUCUUAAAGUAAAUAUAUAUAUAUAUGGAUUCAAAAAUUGUAAAAGAGUAGUAGAUAAAGAAUAUACAGCGCAGUCCAUAAGUGGUUUGACAGUGACACACUAUUGUGUUGGCUUUGUAAUCCAGUACAUUGAAAUUAAACAAAGACUAUGAGGUUAAACAUUUAGCUUUGGGUUUUUCAUCCAUAUUGGGUGAUCAGUUUUCAGGUCCCUAAACCUGUCGUAAAUUAAAGAACUAGCUGAAGCCUAUGGCCCACAGUUAGACUGAGGUCAGGUUGCUGUUUGGCCACUGUUAGCUCAUCUCAUAUGUUUACUAUAAUUUUUGGAAGACUAUCUAUAGAAAAAAAUCCAAGACUGUUUAUCCAAUAUGGAUAUGAACAAACCCCCUUAAAGCUGUGAGUCAGCAACUUUAUAACCAUUGUUGAAUUUUAAAUCCAAUGUGCUGAAAGAGAGCUAAAACACAUGAAAUGAGUCACUGAUCAAAUGUUGUCACACUGCGCUAUAUUGAAAUGUCACUGAGAUCAGAUAUUGUAUGAGAUAAUUUGCCUCCAUAAUUAUUGUAUUUAUUGUGUGAAAAUAUUUGAUUAGAGGAGUAAGGAACAUUUUGAAUUGUAAAUGAUCUUGUCAAGAUAUACAGAGCAGAUUUUAACAUCUAAUGAAAUCGUAAAAAGCACAAACAGAAAUGUGAAUGUGAACAUGGCAAUAUAUUAUGUAGGAGGUUUAAGGAAUGCUAUUGAAACCAGAAAAAAAGAACAGGGGAGGGGGGUUUAAUAUUUAGUGUUAGUAAUUAAUUCAAACUGUUAUGUAUGUAUGAAUGAAUUGUUGCCACAACUGUUCAGUGUGUCAACACAAGUCCCACUUUCAUAGUAUGUUAAUAUUUUGGCGCAGACACUGUGAUCUCAUACAAACAGCAAAGAAAAUGCUUGUCCAAUGAUUUGCAGUUUAUUACUUUAUUUUGUGCUGUAACUUUUGAACCCCAUUCAACAUUGUUUUCCGCUAUUUAUUUUUUCACAGUUUUUAUUAUUUUGUGUUAGUGUUUGGGGGAAAAACGUGUCCAUCAACGCCAUGUUCAAAAAUCAAGUAAUAUUACUAUCUCUGCUGGUGUUUUUUUAAGAUUUAAUUCGGUCAAACACACUACGUACUCAAAACAGACAUAAUGCAAGUGGGCCAGAAAAGGCCUGACUUGAUAUUUUUAGAAUCGCGUCAUAGGGCAGUACUGAAAUGCUGGAUUUGAGCCUUACUUAUCCUACAGUCAUUUUACUUUCUAUGACCUGAGAGAACACCACUUUCUUUUUCACCUGCCCUGGUAAAGGUUGCUAGCUGAACAUUUGCCAAAAAAACAUCUAGUUGUGUAGCAGCAUGAUUACGUGCUCCACUUGCUGCUGUGAAACAUUGGCUUCAUAGCAAUAAGCAAGUUCAGACUAGCCGUCUGAAUGUAGCCCAGCGAUGUGGAGGUCUUUAUCAACAUUCAGUUCAAGUGCCUCUUUAAGUUGAGUUUAGGAGUUAUAACUCUCAACAUCCUUUGGACCUAUUUUCUUUGAAUGUCUCUUUGAACUGAUGAUUUUUAAAUGGCCGCUCUUCCUUCUAACCGGUUUGCCAAUACUUCAGUUUCUGCCUUAUCAAUCUUUCUGUAUUGAAGCAGAGAUUAGGAAGUGUUUUUUGUUGUUGUUUUUGUUUUUUAAACCUUCUGUUUUUCCUGUGCCUCUGCCUGAGGAAAUGUUUGUAAAGGAAUCGCUGACUCACCCGAAAUGUCACCUGCUUCUUGUCCACGUCAGCCCUGCCUCUGUGCAUAUAGACACAGUUGAGUCAUUGAUAAACUGUAUCAGGAACUAGUUUGUGGACACACACACAGUCGCUCCAGCACACAGGCUGCACAGUGGGAGUCAUAGAGCUGAUGAGGCUGAGCACGUAGGACUGUAUCCAAGGGCUUAUUUGGGUCCUCACUGUCAGCACCGCUUUGAUCCAACAAACUGUACCAAGUCAUUGUGGCAUGUGUGACAGAGCUAGUUAAUGUUCACUGACUGUUUGGAGCUAAAGUGACCUUAAACUGAGUACUUAGUCUUUUUUUCUACCGUCAACGUUUUAAGAGUUGCUAAGGUGUAUGUUAAAACUGUAAAUCAUAUAAUGUAGAAAAAGACCAAAAACAUUUGACACCAGUCUCUCCAUGCUGUAUGACUUGUAUGUCUGGUCUGUAGGCAUAUGUAACUGUAAUGGUGAUAUGAUUAGUACCUUAGAAACACUUUCUGCAAGGCUUUAUUGCAACCCCCCUUGGAUUGUCCUCUUGAAUUGAUUGUAUGUGGGAGAAAGUUCCCCUUCUGUAACUAUGCAGUACUUGGUCUUAUGCAUUGCUUGUAUAUGUAUCCGGAUCACAUAGCUUAGACUUCUGCCGUAGUCUGUAGAUUUAAAAACACCUUCAAGAUGCUUGAAGCUGUUUGGUGUAGGGUGGAGUUGAUUGGAACUUGAGUUUAGCACAAAAGAUUUGAUCAUCAGAUGAACCCAGUCAGACUAGAUUUCCCUUUUCAUCUUUUGAAAUGUUUAUGAAUAUUUAUAAUAAUGUGCUAUGAGUGCGCGUCAGGUGCACUUGGAAGACUUCUUUUAUGGGUGUAAAUAUACUGUUAUCCAAUCUGAACCACUGUUACUGUAAACCUGAACGAUUGUUGUAAAAAUGAACACUGUUUACUUUGCAAAUAUGUGCGUAGUAUAUAUUUGUUAACUAAAUGAACUUUGAAAUUGUAAAUAAAGCUUUCAUUGUUUCUAAAGGAA